AGUGGUGCAAGAAACGGCAAGAAGAGAAGAGUGUAUCAGAAAGCUUCAGUGGAGUUAGGAGCAGCACUUCAGGAUCACAACGGCCACUAUAAGGAUUUUAUUCAAACACGGUCAAUGUGCUCUCAGAUGGAUUACGCUAUGAAGUCCCUCAGCCUUCUGACUCCAUCAACCCUCUCCAAGUGUGUGACAGCCAGCGUCUCAGCCAGCGCCUCCAUGACCCAGCAGCUCCUGUCGGGUCGAGCUCCUCGGCCAAAGCCUUACAGGGUCACAAAUGCUGACCAAAGCGUGAAGAAGGGCAUCAUGGCGGACACGCUAGAAGACCUGAUGAACAAGGUCGGUGACUCGUUGGGUGUAGUGUGUGUUAGCGCCCUGGUGCUGGAUGAAGACGGCACCGGGGUGGACACAGAGGAGUUCUUCCAGACGCUGCCUGACAACACUGUCCUCAUGGUCCUGGAGAAGGGCCACAAGUGGACCCCACGUCCGAACGGCACCUCCAGAGAUCAGCUCAGCGUGUACAGGCCACAGCGCCGGACAGAUGUGGCCAAGCUGACCUUUGACCUCUACAAAAACAACCCCAAGGAUUUCAUUGGCUGCCUGAACGUCAAAGCAACCCUGUACGGGACUUAUUCUUUGUCGUAUGACCUGCGCUGUUAUGCUGCCAAAAAUAUGCUGAAGGAGGUUCUGCGAUGGACACUCUUCUACAUGCAGGCCACGGGACACAUCCUGCUGGGCUCCUCCUGCUACAUCGAGCAGAUGCUGGAGGAGGAGGAGGAACGAGCAGUGAAUAGGGAGGUGCUGCCACAGGAAAGCAGGAUCAGGCAGCUGCAGAGCAUGCUGCUGGGAAAGAUAUCCCACUGAUUAUGGACCAGAGCUGACGAUGGUGGAGCAAACACCUUGUCCACUCUCAGAUUUAGGGCACAAUGUAGAUGACCACAGACGAAACUGCCGAUCUCUAUGUGUUCAUGUCACAGUUUUCUGUGCAGUUUGCAGACAUUUCAGACAUGGCAAUAGCCUCACAGUCACUUUAUUUGUUCUGUUACAUUUUUUUGCCCCAUAUGUACAAGCUAAUACCAGAAGUUAUUCUUCACAAAAGCACAUUUACUCAUUACUGUAACUUUUUCCUAUGGAGAUGAAUAAAUAAAACUAACCAUUUUUAUUUUACCGUUCCCAGUCUACAUACAGUAGGUCUACAAUUGAGCUUAUAUGUGCAGUGUGAGCCCAUUAAUCUGUCUUUGUGUGUCUGUGUGGUUCCUGGUCAAAGUCAGUGUAAUUGGCAACAGGUCCAGCUGUGUCUCCCACGCUUCCCUAAUUGUCCCUGGCCUGCACUGUCCUGUCAGCUGCAGCCUGCCCCUUCCCUCAGAAAAUCAGAGGAUGAGAACGAAGUUAGAGCAGCUGCAGGGGGCGAGAGGCCGGAAGCACAUUAUGCUGAGAGAAAAGAGAGAUGAUGGCAUCAGCUGGCGGCAGAAGUGCCACUUUUGCCAUCUUGUCGUAAAACGGUGGCAGCAAAAAGCUGAGGACAGAUUUUCAACUAAACUGGCGGUCUGAUACACCCAGAAAAAGAUAAAUAUCUAAGGUACAUAUCAGUAGGUCAAGAGUUGGAGACUGACUGUGCGACAUAAUACUAGUUGAUUUAUUGUUGGCUAAUGUAUUGAGGGAUGUGGAUGUUGUUUAAAUGUAAUGAGAUAAUGAUUCAUGGGAUGAUUAAAACAUUUUCCAACAGUAUUUGGUAUUGGCUCUUCAACAAUUAAAUUGCAUCUCAUGACUGCAUGAGCAGCAGUUGCAUCCAAUGGCAACAACAUUAAAGUGAUUGUGAACACUGGUCAAGUGCCAUUGUUUGCACUGAAAUGAGUCAUAGGGGUGCAUACUGACUGUCUCUUGUGCUUUAAUCUACAUUUGUUGUGGUUCACAGUAUUCCUAAUGACACUAUUAAAGUGUUUUUGUAGCCGUUCAA